AUGUUUUCAGAUGUGCUUGAUAUGUUUGACGUGAUAGUAGACGAUGACAGAGCAGAAGCAUUCUACCUAUUUGACCCUUUACAAUCCGUUGAUUUUGCGUUUAAUCUACAUUUGAUGAAAUCCGUAUUGGGAAUUACAAAUGAUUUGUCACAAGCAUUACAAAGAAAAGACCAAGAUAUUGUGAAUGUGAUAGGAUUAGUAGAAGUAUGCAAGCAACAACUCCAAAUGAUGACGGAUAGUGGGUGGAGUUCUUUGAUGGAUGAAGUUUCCUCUUUUUUUAACAAACAUUGUAUUGAUGUUCCUAAUAUGGAUGACUUGUAUGUACCUCGAGGUAGAUCAAGGUGUAUAGAUCAAGAAAUGACAAACUCUUAUCACUACUUCGUCAAGUUGUUCGAUUUUGUCAUUGAUAUGCAACUCCAAGGGUUGAAUAAUCAUUUUAAUGAGGUGAACAUUGAGUUGCUUCUUUGUGUUGCAUUCCUAAAUCCAUCCGAUUCAUUUGCUGCUUUUGAUAUGACAAAAUUGAUCGUUUUGCCCAAUUAUCUAAAAGACUUUUCAGCUAUUGAGCUUACAGAACUUCCUAUUCAGAUUGAGAAUUUUAUCAUUGAUAUGCGGUCUAGUGUUGAGUUUUCAAAUUUAAAAGGAAUCAAUGACCUUGCUUGGAAGAUGGUUGAGACUAGAAAAGAGAGAAUUUAUUUCUUGGUUUACAAACUGUUGACUUUGGCACUGAUUUUACCUGUUACGAUUGCCACAAUAGAGAGGGCAUUUUUUGCGCCAAAGAUUGUAAAGAACAGGCUUCGCAAUGAAAAUGGUAAUCAGUUGAUGAAUGAUAAGCUGGUUGUGUAUAUUGAGGGAGAGAUUUGUAGUAGCAUUCCAAAUGAGGCUAUCAUGCAUCAUUUCCAAAAUAUGGAAAGUCUUUGA